AUGGAGAUAGAUGUCUCUGCAAAUGUCUCCUGCAGAAUACACCGUUAUCCCAGAACUUCAUCAGUCACUCGUUCGCAAAAUGACAUUAGGUUCCCACAAAGUGUGAAGGUCAAUCUGAGCAUCAUCAACAAAAACCAGGAUGACGGACUAGUGUCUGAUGUCAGCAAACGUUCAACCUCUCCAUGGGACUACAGCGUUAAUGAAGAUCCCAACAGGUUUCCCGCCAGGAUCUCCGAGGCCACCUGCCGCCGUCCUUUCUGUGUGGAUUCCAGGGGAAAGGAGAAUUACAGCAUGAACUCCGUCCCCAUUCGACAGGAGAUCUUGGUGCUCCGACGUCGGUUCAGGGGCUGUGAGCAAACCUAUCAGCUGGAGAAACAGUGGGUUACCGUCGGCUGCACGUGCGCCAGGGCACUGUCCAACACUUCCGCAUGA